AUGCCUGACCUUCGUCGUCAGAUCUUUGAGAGCGGCAAGACCGUCUCUCGCAAGGCUGCUUCUCGUGAGGCAUCGCGUACCAACUCGCUCGCAAGCUCGAAGCAAACUUCCCGCCAGUCAUCCCGUGCUGCAAGCCGUCAGCCAUCUGAUGAUGAGGACUCGGGCUCCCUUUCUGAUGAGACCGCCAUGAGUAUCGGAUCCCUCGACGACGAGAACCCUGAACAGGAUAAUGUCGACUGGCCUACUGAGCUCGCCGAGCGCAUUGAUGAAAUUCUUGACCGCAAGCGCUCCAGCGUUCAGGGUCGUGAGGAGGCCUUGACUGCCUUCUGCCGUCUGACCAAGUAUCACUUGGCCGAGGACGUGGUCCGUGUCUUCGCCAGUGAGCUGUUGGUUGCGUUCUGCAAGAGCGUCCGAACUGAAUCCAGCGUCGUGGAGACAACCCAGGCUCUGCGCGCCAUUGAACUGCUUGCGAUUACUACCAACGACGACAAGACCUACGAGAACACUGAGCCGCUCAUUACCCGUACCAUUCGCGACUCCACCUCCAACGCAGUUAAAGCUGCCGCCAUCCACUGCCUUGGCGCUUGCACCAUUUUCGGUGGCGCUGGUGAAGAUGGCAUCCUCGACCAGAUGACCUUCCUCUUGGAUGUUGUCGCUUCUGAUGGACAGUCUAUCGAUGCCCCCGACGACGCCACUAAUGUGACAGCUGCACUCCAGGUUUGGGGAUUCCUGGCCACUGAAAUCGACGACUUCGAAGCCGACAGCGAGGAGGCCGCUCAAAUCUUCAUCGACCAGCUUGACAGCGGUGACUCCGGCGUGCAGGUCGCAGCUGGCGAGAAUCUCGCCUUGCUCUACGAAAAGAGCUACACUCCCCAGGAGGAUGGCGAGCCCAACGACGACGAAGAAGAAUCCGAGGAGAGUGAUGAGCACGAGCAAAUGAGCAACGGACCCAAGCUCGUCAAGCGCUACAACGCCUACCACAACACUCCCGAGCUCGAGCGCCAGCUAAAGGCUCUGGCCCACAUCCACACCAAGCGCAUCAGCAAGCGCGACAAGAAGUCUCUCCACAGCAACUUUGCUUCCAUUCUUAACACCGUUGAGAACCCGCGCCGUGGCCCGCGCUACAACACUGCUAUUGAUCAGGACACCGACCGCCACUAUGGCAGCACCUUGACCGUCAAGAUCGGCAAGCAUGGUAUUAUGAGCAUCGAUCGCUGGUGGAAGUGGGUUCGCCUGACUGCCUUGCGUCGCAUCCUGCAGGGUGGAUUCGCCGAGCACUAUUUCCAGGGUAACCGUGCUGUUCUGGAUAACUUGCCUGUGAUGCUCCGAACCGCUGGUCGAUCUGGAGAUCGCGAGAGUGCCAAGAAGGCUGCUAAGGUGCGCAACAGCCACACCUCGCGCCGCUGGACUGCUCCACAAUCCGAUGAUGAGGACUAA